AUGGAUGCAAUAGCUGAUUCUGUGUUUACAGAUAUAGGAUCCUCUGAUUCUCCUAGUGAUGAUCCAUCUCUUUUGACGGUAGUACUUGAUGUUACGCCCCAAAGUUGGUAUAAGAUAAGAAACCAGAUUACCAUACAAGAAGUAGCAAAGUCAUUGCUUGUAUUCCUUAAUGCACAUCUUUCAUUAAACAAUUCUAAUCAAGUAGCAUUCAUUGCUAGCACACCGCAAGGUUCCAAGUUUUUAUAUCCUAAUCCGGAGAAAAAUUAUGACGAAGUUAGUUCGAAGAAGAAUGGUGAGGGCUCAAAUUUGAAUAAGGCAGAUUCUACUUCGAGUUUGGUAGGUGAUGGCAUGUAUAGACAGUUUAGAAUUGUGGACGAGGCCGUAUUGGAAAAAUUGAAUGAAAUCUUUGCAGACAUAUCCCAAAAUGUUGAUAAGAGUCGUUCAAAUUCAACAUUAUCUGGUGCAUUAAGUUUAGCCCUCACGUAUACGAAUAGAAUGCUUAAUUUGGACCUGUCGAUUUCUACAACAACGGCAUCAGCUAUAAAUACAACUACUAAUGCCAACUCUAAUAAAACUAGCUCUUCUGGAACAACGUCAAAUUCAAUGUCCACGGGUGGAACGAAUACUACAAGUCUUACAUCUAUGAGAUCAAGGAUUUUAAUAGUUUCAUCUAACGACGACAAUGACAUCAAAUAUAUUCCAAUCAUGAACACAACAUUUGCAGCACAAAAAAUGAAGGUACCUAUAGACGUAGCUAAAUUGGGAGAAAGAGACUCUUCAUACUUACAACAAGCAUCAGAUGCUACUAAUGGUGUAUACUUGCAUAUUGCAAACCCAGAAGGAUUGAUUCAGACUCUAUCCACAGCAUUUUUUAUCGAACCAUCAAUCAGACUGUUAAUAAUACUUCCGACUAAUUCCAAUGUUAAUUAUAGAGCAAGUUGUUUCAUUACGGGUAAAUCAGUAAAUCUAGGAUUUGUUUGCUCUGUUUGCUUAUGCAUAAUGAGUAUAAUUCCUAAAGAAGGUAAGUGUCCCACUUGCGGUUCUAAAUUUGACGAAAAGAUAUUAGCACAAUUAAGAAGAGGUGUUGUUAUCCCCGUAAAGAAGAAAAGAAAGCUUGACUCGAAUGGAAAUGGCCAGUCUGAUAAUGUAACACCAGAAAUAUAA